UGCUCAAGGUGUUAGUUGCUCUGCCGCCACCGAUGGACGCCAAGUCCUCUACCCCGCUCCGCAGCGUGCCGGAGGUGAAGGUCACCUUCGCCGAGGAGGCGCCAGCCGCCAGUCGGGCCGUGCUCGACUGCCGUGUGUCGACUGCUAAGCCUCAGGCCGGCCCUCUGGCUGAGAUAUGGCGCUCGAUUCUUGCUGGCCCGGGCGCCAUCGUCAGCCCACUCAAGCUCUACUCGUACGCCACGAUCUUCGAUUGGCUAUUUCUGAUUCUGCCGAGCAUGUUCUGGGCGGCCGUUGCCGGGCUCUGCUUUCCCGCUCUCCUCUACAGCUUUAGCGGGGCCAUCGACCAGGUCGGCUCUGCGAGUGCGUCUGGCUUUGACGUCGAGUCCAUGCUGUGGCAGUGCAAGCUGAUGAUCGCCUCUGGCAUCGUGUACGGCGUCACGACCGCAUUCUACACCGCCCUUGCCGAGCUCUCAAAGGCGCGCCAGAUCGCGGCCACCAAGAAGGCCUACCUCGGCGCGAUCCUGCGACAAGACGUUGGCUGGUACGACACCUCCAAGCCCGAGGAGCUCGCGACGCGCUUUGGCGAGGAGAUGCGCGCCAUAGAGGAGGGCAUCAGCUUCAAGACGCCCAUGAUGCUUGACGCCGCGGUCACCAUGGGCGCUUGUUGGCUCCUUGGGCUCUACUUUUCGUGGGACUUGAGCCUCGUCAUCUUCGCCGCUUGCCCGCUGCCCGGCAUCGCCAUCGCCGUCGCCAUCGUCGUCGGGCUCGUCGCCAGCCACAAGCUGUCCGUCGCCGGAGCCGACGCAGGCGCCAUCGCCACCGAGUCGUUCGCCGCCAUCCGCACCGUCUGCUCGCUCGGCCUCGAGCGGGUGGCGGCAGCGCGGUACGAGCGGCGGCUCGCCCGCGCAGAGCGGCUCGGCAUCGCCAUGGUCUGGCAGCUCGCCCUGGCCGCCGCCGUAGCCAUCUCGGCCAUCAUCUUCAUGUCCUCCUUGGGCGAGUUCUACGGCGGCGUCGCUCUCGCCGCCGAGCAGGAGGCCUCGUCCUUCGAGUACACGACCAAGAUCAGCUGGUCGACCGAGGCGCAGCUCGACAGCUUCCUUGAUACGGUCGACUCGGCGAUGGGCAGAGUGGUCAGCCCGCCGCCCCCGCCGCCGCCAGGCAUGUUCCCUGAGCUGCAGGAGUUCACCGCAAAGUCGUGGGACGACUUCAGCGGUGCCGCGACCCAGUGGGGGCUGCUCGCUGCCGCCUCGACGGGCACGGCAGUCGGCAUCGAUCACAUCGACUACAAGUUCUGCACCUACUCGUGCGGCGACCCGUACGACAUCCUGAACAACGACUACCAGUCCGGGGUCGCCAACUGGAGGGAGUUCCAGCAGACGAGCGGCGAGCCCCUGCCUCGCGCGGCGCGGGUCAUCUCGACCUCUACCCCGCAAGCCCUCGGCUCGUGUGAGUCGGACCGCUUCGACCUGCAGCCCUUCAAACUCACUUGCGCCUCCGCCGGUGCCUUUGCGCAAAACAUCACCGCGCUCAAGCUCUUCCUCCUGCAGGACGACGUCGCAGCCUUCCAGGAGUACGUCGAGAGCAUGGGCUCGUGGCUUUCGUGCUCCCGCUCCGGCGGCCGGUCCCUCAUGGCCAUUUUCUCUCUCCUGGUCGGGAUGGCCUUCUUCAUCCUCCUCUCGCAGAACUCGACCGUGGUGCUCAGCGCCUGCCAGCGGGCGGCGCCAGUGCGCGAGACGAUCCACCGCAAGCCCCCCAUCGACUCGACAUCCUCCGAGGGGAUUGAGCUCCCGCAAGUCCGCGGCAAGAUCUCGGUGCGCGACGUGGUCUUCGCCUACCCUGCGGCCCCCAACCACCUCGUCUGCAACGGGUACUCGCUCGAGAUCGAGGCGGGCCAGCGGGUCGCCCUGUGCGGCCCCUCGGGGUCGGGCAAGUCGACGCUCAUGGCGCUGCUCGAGCGCUUCUACGACCCGCUGGCGGGCUCGAUCGCGCUCGACGGCGUGCCUCUGCGCGAGCUGAACGUGCGCUGGCUGCGGCAGCAGAUCGGGCUGGUGGGGCAGGAGCCGGUGCUCUUCGAGGGCACCGUCGCCGAGAACAUCGCCUACGGCAAGGAGGGCGCCACGCGAGCGGACGUGGAGGAGGCGGCGCGCAGCGCCAACGCGCACGACUUCAUCACGAGCGCGCUGCCGCACGGCUACAACAGCAGCGUCGGCCUGCGCGGCGGCACGCUCUCGGGCGGCCAGAAGCAGCGGAUCGCCAUCGCGCGCGCCAUCGUGCGCAAGCCGGCCAUCCUGCUGCUCGACGAGGCGACGUCGGCGCUCGACACGACGAGCGAGCGCAUUGUGCAGGCGGCGAUCGACGAGAUCAUGCACCAGCACAAGCGGACGACGCUCACGAUCGCGCACCGGCUGAGCACCAUCCGCAACUCGGACAAGAUCGCCGUCAUCGACGGCGGCCGGGUGGUCGAGCAGGGCACGUGGGACGAGCUGGUUGCCAUCGAGGAUGGCCACUUCCAGCGGCUCGCGGCUCGGCAGCCCAAGCCGGGGGCGAUCGUGUCGCGCUCGGCGACGGGGGACAGCUUGCUCGAGCGGGACAGCUUGCCGUCGAGCCGCCGUCAGUCCAUGUGGACCCGCGCGGCGGACGCGCUGGCGCGCAGGAGGAAGGCCGACGACGUUCGUGGCGACGCCAAGUCGCUUGCAGAGGCCGAUCGCUUCGACUGGUCCGACAGCAGCGAGUCGCGGAUUCCAAGCCCUACGCGCGGCCCGCUCUUGUGGCGCACGAUGCGGCUGCAGAAGCCCGGCGACGGCGUGCUCAUGGUGCUGGGGUGCUUCUUCGCGGUGCUGGACGGCAUGACGAUACCGGCCCUCGGCUUCACCUUCUCCAAGGUGGCGGUUGCGUUCUUCCAGAUCAACCCGCAGAAAAUCCACGACGACGUGCUGUUCUGGGGCAUUGCGUGCUUCGCCAUCGGAAUCGCCUACGUGCCGGUGCUGACGCUCGAGCUAGGCCUUUUCGGCACCGCCGGCGAGCACCUCACCCGCAGGUUGCGCACUGUCGUCAUCCGCUCGCUGCUCCGGCAGGAGGUUGGCUUCUUCGACGACCCGCAGAACUCGGCGGGCGCGCUCACCGCCUUCCUGUGGGAGAAGGUUGCGCUCGUGCAGGCGUUCAACUGCCACAUGUUUGCCUAUGCGAUCCGGCAGGUCUCGAGCAUCCUCUUCGGCAGCUGGCUCAUCUUUACGUUUGGCUACUGGCAGCUGGCGGUCAUGAUGCUCGCCGUCAUGCCCGUGAUGACGGCGAUGUUCGGGGUGGUGAUCAUGGUGGCGCUCGGCGUCAGGUCGGCGGACGAGCGGCGGAUUAACGUAGGCUCUCUGGUCACCACCGUCGUGCAGUCCGUCCGCACGGUCGCCGCGUACGGUGCCGAGGCCCGCUUCCUUCGCGAGUACAAGGCGGACACCGACGCCGAGGCACGCCAGGCGCAAAAGAAAGCCAUCUUCACCGCCCUUGCCAUGGGCAUCGGCAAGGGGGCGCCCGUCGCUGUGAUCGGCAUCGUCGCGUACGUCGGAUGCCUCCUCGUGCAAGCCGACGUCGAGGAGCUGACUGGCGAGGUCCUGCAGCUGAUCCUCGAGCCCGAGGCGGCCACGGGCAGCUCUCCGCUGGUGGCGCCCGACGACGAGACCGGCUGCCUCAACGCCAAGAUCUGGACGCUGAUGGAGAAGUUCCUCGUGCCAGUCAUCGUCAUGUUCUUCAUGUCGAUGGGCAUGGGCGCCGCCGGUGUCAUCGCGCAGGAGUCUCCAAGGGGCUACGCGGCGGCCAAGCUGGUCUUCGGCACCCUCGCGCGCGAGUCGCGCAUCGACGCCACGGUCAACAGCGGUCGGAAGAUCGCGCAAGUCCGCGGCAAGAUCUCGGUGCGCAAUGUGGUCUUUGCCUACCCCAGGGCCCCCAACCACCUCGUCUGCAACGGGUACUCGCUCGAGAUCGAGGCGGGCCAGCGGGUCGCCCUGUGCGGCCCCUCGGGGUCGGGCAAGUCGACGCUCAUGGCGCUGCUCGAGCGCUUCUACGACCCGCUGGCGGGCUCGAUCGCGCUCGACGGCGUGCCUCUGCGCGAGCUGAACGUGCGCUGGCUGCGGCAGCAGAUCGGGCUGGUGGGGCAGGAGCCGGUGCUCUUCGAGGGCACCGUCGCCGAGAACAUCGCCUACGGCAAGGAGGGCGCCACGCGAGCGGACGUGGAGGAGGCGGCGCGCAGCGCCAACGCGCACGACUUCAUCACGAGCGCGCUGCCGCACGGCUACAACAGCAGCGUCGGCCUGCGCGGCGGCACGCUCUCGGGCGGCCAGAAGCAGCGGAUCGCCAUCGCGCGCGCCAUCGUGCGCAAGCCGGCCAUCCUGCUGCUCGACGAGGCGACGUCGGCGCUCGACACGACGAGCGAGCGCAUUGUGCAGGCGGCGAUCGACGAGAUCAUGCACCAGCAGAAGCGGACGACGCUCACGAUCGCGCACCGGCUGAGCACCAUCCGCAACUCGGACAAGAUCGCCGUCAUCGACGGCGGCCGGGUGGUCGAGCAGGGCACGUGGGACGAGCUGCUCGAGGUCCGAGGAACGUUUGCCGGCUUGGUGUCGGCACAGCAAGGGCGAUGAAGAGGCAUCGCUGUACGAUAUCGGAUCUCCUACGUUGGUGUGCUCCGUGUACUGUUUCGGCUCUCUUUGUUUAACUCACAUUGACACGCGUCCGCAGUGUGAUGAUACGUAUAAAGCAUAUUCGAGCGGAGAGUGUUCUCCGUCACAAUUCCUCAUGUAUCACGAUUCCUAUAC